UUGACACAGUCAUAAAUCAAUCAACGAUCCGCAAUGACUAAUAGAGUACUCAUUUUGGCUGCGAUGCUGGCGGUGGCUCGGGCGGGCGUCAUUGCGCCAACUGUGACGGUCCUCCAGCCUGCGGAAGUGGUGGGAAGCACAACUUAUGAUCCUCACCCGCAGUACAGCUACAGCUACAGCGUUGCUGACGAUUUGACUGGCGACCAGAAAACCCAGGAGGAAACCAGGAAUGGAGACGUCGUCCAGGGGAGUUACAGCCUCGUCGAGCCUGAUGGCUCGAGGAGACGGGUGUCCUAUGCCUCCGAUUCUAUCAAUGGAUUCAAUGCCGUUGUUCAACAUGAUCCCAGUCUCACUGUUGUUGGACCUGGACCUGCUUAUAGAACUGCAGUUGUUACUGGCCCGGUUCACAUCGUCCGUCAAUCGGUUGUCGCCGCCGCUAAUGCUAAUCUCCAACGCUCGACCUCAGUCGCGUCUAUCUCGCCAUAUGCAUCUCAAGAUCCUGUUGGACUCAGUGUUCAAGCUGGUGCCCUCUAUGCAAAUCAACCUGUCCAUGGAACCUUUGCCCAGCAAGCUGUAUCUGAACGCGUACCCGGCCAAUAGAUAAUCAAAUCUCAAUUCUGUCGACCGAAAACGAGAUGCGUCACGAUAUCCUGAAAACUCGGGGCUUUGAGGAGUAAAUGUUGACUGUGAAGACAUUCACAGCAAACACGAAUGUCUGAAUUUCAUAAACCUUUUAUAGACAUUUUUCAGACACUGAAAACGUCUGAAUAAAAUGAAAAUGUGUCUGAGUGGCAGACGAACAAGUGCCCAAACAUCUCAAUUCACGUUUGAAAUUCAGACAAUUUUGAUUUACUAAAAAAUCAUGAUUAACCCCCACCGAAAACCAAAAACUAUCAUUAACUAUCAUUAAUGAUAGUUAACUAUCAUUAAUGAUAGUUAAUGAAUAAUCAUGAUUAUUUUUUCGUCUGAAUAAUCAGACGUUCUUUAGUGUAUGAAAAAAGUCUACAAAAUGUAUGAGAAAUUCAGACAUUCGUUUUUGCUGUGUACAUAUUAUCAGAUCUAUUAGAAAACUUUAUUGUGCAAAAAAUAAAAACAACAAACGUGGUAAUAACGUUGUAAAAAAUUC